AUGUUGCAUUUCCUUUUUGUAGACUCAUUUUCACAGAAAUCAGGAAAGAGAGUAAGAAAUGAUAAUUCUCUCGAUUACGAAAGUGUGUUUGAUGACUGCAGUUCAUCCAAGAAUAACCUCUAUGCUUUCACAAAUAUGAUAGUGAAACAAAAAGUUGUCACUCUAAUGCCAGGAUGGAAGUUCUGUGCCUAUGGAAGUGUUAUGGUAGCUGCCGAUAAAGAUUUCACUGCAACCACAAAAUAUCCAUCCAUGGAUCAAGAUGGAACAUGGAAUUUCAACAAUGAAAGCACAAUAACAACAAGGCCAUUACUUAUUCUUCCAAAGGUACCAGCUCAGUAUGAACAUCCUACGGAAUUCAAUAGUUUUCCAAUCACACUUUUCCAAUGUGUUUCAGAAAGUGAUUUUUGCCGGGUCCAAGUAGCUUACAUUGCCCCAUCUUACGUUUCCUCUAGAGAAAUGGAUGGCAUAACAAUUUCUGAUCUUCAUCGUGUCAGAAUUUCUACAAAAUUAGAUAAUGAGAAAAAGUUACACUCUAAAAUGGUAAUGGAUGUACCGGGUUUCUUCCAUGAUUCACUUCAUGUAUUUGGCGAAUUUAAUCACACUUAUCACUAUAAGAAGAGCAGUGAAAAUGUUAAUUUAGUUACUGUUCCUGAUGGCGAAAUUGAAGGCACAGAAGGUAACUUAAGUAUUUCAUAUUCAAUGUUUGCUCUUGUAACUUCAAGUGAUCCAAUGACUCCUCAAUCUGUUACAAUUGCUUAUAACACACCAGAACAAACAACUGCUACUACAAACUUCUUCCCAGAACUCGACAUCACAAUUUCAUCAGUUGGCGGAAUCUUCACAAAGGAUAACGCUGAUACACCUUUCCCAAUUAACCCUGACGAAGGAGAUCCAACACCAGAACCAGAACCAACAACAUCUUCAUCAUCUGUAGCACCAGAGCCAGAACCAACUCCAUCAUCUAGUUCUCAAACACCAGAACCAGAACCAUCUAGUUCAGUUAUUUCAACAACAGUUGCUCCUGAACCAACACCAUCAUCUAGUUCACAAACACCAGAACCAGAACCAACACCAUCAUCUAGUUCUCAAACACCAGUACCAGAGCCAACACCAUCAUCUAGUUCUCAAUCAACAACACCAGAACCAGAGCCAACACCAUCAUCUAGUUCUCAAACACCAGUUCCAGAGCCAACACCAUCAUCAAGCUCACAAUCAACAACACCAGAACCAGGACCAGAGCCAUCAUCUAGUUCACAAACAACCCCUGCUCCUCCACCUCCAAAGCCUACAGAAAAACCAACACCAGAGCCAGAGCCAGAAAAACCAACACCAACUAAACAGCAAAAAGAUGAACCAAAACCGGAUGACCAGAAAACAGGAUUGACUAAAAAGCAGAAAAUGAUGAUCGGAGGAAUUGCCGCCGCUGUAGUCGUUAUUAUUAUUGUCGCCGUUAUCAUUGUUAUUGUAAGAAGAAAUAAGAAGGCUGAAGAAAGCAACAUACUUACUGAUGGAUUGGUUGAUGGAAUUUAA